UCUGACAGACCAUAAUUUGAAUUGCUAAGACUGAAAAAAUGAGAGGGGACUAUUUGAAGGGGAAUUAUACAAAAUAGCCUCAGCAUUUCUUCUCCUUUUCUGUUCAUUGCUCUUCUCAAGAAACAGAAAAAAAGUUAACAGAGGUUGACAGGAAAGAUGGUAUGUACGUCUGUGAUCUGCAGAUGCAGGUCCACCACAACUGUCACAUGACACGGAUUUCCUCUUUGACACAUUAUGCCUUCGGCUACACCAGCAGGGGUGGGCCACACAAUUAAACAGCUCCUGCAGGAGGACGCUAUGGUGCUUUGAGAACUACUCCACCAUGCAGUCCACUAUGAAUGUCAAUGGAUUUCAGAGACAAAGCAGCCAGGAGAACUGCAAUCUGGAUAACACCUUGAGGAAGAAAGCUGCUCUGUGGUACCGGCGCUCACUCAGAGGGAACAGUGACCGACACCGCCAGAACACUGGCUCCCUGCCCAGAGGUUACAAGCCUAAACUAACCCACACCAACUCUCUGGUUGAUUACACAGACCCGCAAAGAACCACAGUUGUGUUGGAAAAACAAGACAAUGAAACAUUUGGUUUUGAAAUUCAGACAUACGGUUUGCAGCUGAAGAACACCUCUGAUGUGGAGAUGUGCACCUUCGUGUGCACGGUGAAAGAAGACAGCGUGGCUGAAAGUGCUGGCCUGACCGCAGGAGAUGUUAUCGUCACUAUCAACACAAUCAGCAUAGAAGGAUUGUCUCAUCAACACAUUCUUGAUCUUAUAAGACAAUCAACCAACAGCCUAAAGUUGGAGACUGUGUGUGGAAAUGUCGUGAAGAAGAUAGAGCUUGAGAAGAAACUCAACCAGCUCCAGCAGUCCUUGCGUGAGAAGUUGAAGGAGUUUCAAGCGCUCACAUUACAGGAAAAAGGUCUGAUGCGAGAUAAUUUAAAUGACAGCAGCCUCAAUCUGUUGAUGGACCCUUCAGCCAUACUGGGCUCCCCCAUACGUCGCCGGGGUCGCCGUUUCUCCAGCGAUAGUAGCUACAGGAGCGGGCUGACAGAUGACAGUGACCAGGCUAGCGUGUUUGGGGAUUUGAACUCACCCAGUCCCUACAGCGCAGCCAGCACCACGGAUGAUGGCUGCUUUUUCUCAAGAGACUUCUCCUUGCAGGACGGGUCAAGGAGGGUGUCCUCGAGCUCCAGCCUCCAUCACCAGGCUAUCAGCCGCUCCAGCAGCUCCAGUCUUGCUGACAGCAGCACCUCCCUGUCUCCAUCCUGGGAAGAAAAAAGGAUCUCAUCCUUGUUUGGGACUCUGCCCAGGAAAGGCAGGAGAGCCAGUGUGCGCAAGCAUAUCUUUAAGUUAAUUCCUGGACUUCAGCGAUCGGUUGAAGAGGAAGAGAUGGGAACACCUUAAAGUGUUCCUCAUGUCCUGCUUGUUUCAUUUUGACAAUAAGGACUGGUUUAAGGUUGCAGCAAUAACAAAGACACUCUGAUGAAGUGUUUCCUUAUACUUCAAGUGAAGAUACAGGUUUACUCCAAUGCUUUCUGAGCCUUAACGGUGAGCUAGGUCAACAUGUGGAGUGAACUUCCAGUGCAAAAGCAUUACAAAAAUGACUGCAUGUUGAAUGAAUGUAAGAACAGACUGUAAUGUAUAAUAUAUCGACUUAUAUCCUACUAACUUGAAUAUUUUUUCUCUGUGCAACUCAGAGUAGCAUUAAUGGUUUAAAUUUCCGAUGCAAUCCACACUUUGCAUUUUAAAACCUAAAUGAAUAAAUCCGACAAGCAUCACUUAAAAGACUUUCAGGUGCCUGAAACCAAAACCAGAUCUGAAAGCCAUAUACGUGUCUGUUAAGUUCAUAACAGGAUGUGGGCAUGAGCAUACUACUUAGCUUUUUUUCCAUUUCCAAAAUUACUCUUGAACCCUAAAGGAUACAACUUACUGUGAGAAUGCAGAAACAGUGAAACUGCUUUUCUAAAUCCUUCAUGUUCUGAACAACUGUAUGCACAUGAAAGCAACAGUUUGUAAAUAUUGUGUUUUUGAUUUAUGCUUUAUUUUCUGCAUAAAAAUUGUAUAUAUGUAUAAAAAAAGGCUUUUAAACAAUAAAUCUUGUUGUUAUGCACCCCA